AAAACUUUUUUAGAGGGGGCACAAAGACCACUUUGCCCGGAGGAAAAAUAGCGACAAGAUUAGGAUUUCUUUUCAAGGCCCGGCAUUAGUAGCUACUAAUCCGAAUUGGGCUAAUUGAUAGUCUGUAAAAUCACAAUCGUAACCUGAAGAUGUUGCCCAUGUUUUCCCCUUAAAUGGACUAAAAGAAAAUUCUUCUAAUAAUCGUUUCUAACAAGUCCCUCUUCAAUCAAGCUUAUUUAGUUGAUGAUUACCUUGUCACUUUUCGGUCUGCAGUUUCGGUUUAAAAAAACAAGGCUUCCACUCACUUUAAAAAACCGACAGCACGGAUUUACAGCUUUCCAAAGAAACUAAUCAUCUAUUGGAGCUACCGUUUCUAGCAGAACUGCACGACAUGCUCUUCUGGGAUCUCUGUCUUCAAUGAAGUGAAGAACGAGGAACGAGGGAUUUGCAUUUCUACUCAAGAUCACUGGAAAAAACUAUUUUACUUCAGACUCAUUGAAGACAAUCACCAGCACUUCUGCUCCAUUUCUGUUGCGCUGAAAACUAUUGACAAGGGCUUGGACAGCGGCGCAGGAUGCCACAGAAAGGAAGACAUUAACUAGUGAACGGCAGAUGAGAGACUCGUUAAAUUGUUUUAAGCGGACAGUCAACUCAAGAAUACUAUAACCGAACCACGUGGGAAUCUGGCGUAGCCUCCAUGAUGCAGAACAAGGUGUAUGACAUCUGUAACGAAGGUCACAGUGGUGUGAAUCAGCUUGGUGGUGUCUUUGUCAAUGGCAGACCAUUGCCGGAUUCGACGAGACAGAAAAUAGUCGAGCUUGCUCACAGUGGCGCGCGGCCGUGCGAUAUCUCCAGGAUUCUGCAGACCCAUGCUGAUGCAAAAGUCCAAGUGCUGGACAAUGAAAACGUGUCAAAUGGGUGUGUGAGUAAAAUCCUGGGUAGAUACUAUGAAACAGGCUCGAUCAGACCCAGGGCGAUCGGGGGUAGCAAACCAAGAGUAGCAACACCCGAAGUGGUCAGCAAAAUCGCUCAGUACAAGAGGGAGUGCCCUUCGAUAUUCGCCUGGGAAAUCCGAGACAGACUGCUAUCAGAGGGUGUCUGUACCAACGACAAUAUACCCAGUGUGUCAUCGAUAAACAGAGUCCUCCGCAACCUGGCUAGCGAAAAGCAACAGAUGGGUGCAGAUGGCAUGUAUGACAAGUUGAGAAUGCUGAACGGUCAAACAGGGACAUGGGGGACCCGGCCGGGCUGGUACCCCGGAACCUCGGUGCCAGGACAGCCGAACCAAGACGGCUGCCAGCAACAGGAUGGGGGAGGUGAAAAUACAAACUCCAUCAGUUCAAAUGGGGAGGACUCAGAUGAGACCCAAAUGAGACUUCAGCUGAAAAGAAAGUUGCAGAGAAAUCGCACCUCAUUUACCCAAGAGCAGAUAGAAGCAUUGGAAAAAGAAUUUGAAAGAACUCACUAUCCAGAUGUGUUCGCAAGGGAAAGACUGGCUGCAAAAAUUGACCUCCCAGAGGCCAGAAUACAGGUGUGGUUUUCUAAUAGGAGAGCGAAGUGGAGGAGAGAGGAGAAACUCAGAAAUCAGCGGAGACAAGCCAGCAACUCCUCCAGUCACAUUCCCAUUAGCAGCAGCUUUAGUACUAGUGUUUACCAGCCCAUCCCACAGCCUACAACGCCAGUGUCCUUCACAUCAGGGUCAAUGUUGGGCAGAUCAGACACAGCUCUCACAAACACAUACAGCGCUCUGCCACCCAUGCCAAGCUUCACCAUGGCCAACAACCUGCCUAUGCAACCCCCAGUGCCCAGCCAGACAUCCUCCUAUUCCUGCAUGCUGCCCACCAGUCCUUCAGUGAAUGGGCGGAGCUACGACACAUACACGCCCCCACAUAUGCAGGCACAUAUGAACAGCCAAUCAAUGGCCACUUCUGGUACCACCUCAACAGGUCUCAUCUCCCCUGGAGUAUCUGUCCCUGUCCAAGUUCCAGGCAGUGAACCCGACAUGUCUCAAUACUGGCCAAGACUACAGUAAAGAAAAGAGCUACUUCACUUUGUGACUUUUCAUUGAAAGUGGGCUGUCCAGCAGUAUUUUACAAAGAAAGAAGAGAAGAGAGACUUUGAAAGAGACAUUUUUGUACUGGGAUUGUUGUGCCCUGUGCUAGAAUUCUUGGCACACAACAACUAGGGAAAAAAAGAAAAUGAAAAAAUGGACCUCUGUAAAGUGCCAGGUGUUAUAUCCUAAAUGGAACAAAACUAUCUUCGUUUUCAGUUUCCAACUUAAGUCAUUUUUGGUGUAUUUGUAUAUGGCCAUUUGUAUGUUAUGAUGAAAACAAGAACAACUAUGGAUGGACUGUCAGACUGACUUGGUCUUGCACCUGUUGAAAAGGACAACCUGCGAGAUUCUGCCAUGAAUAGUUUUUAUCAACUUAUAUCGAGUACUUCUACAAGUCAUUGUACAGAUUGUGGAUUCCGACGAAGCAAGCUCGUAUCAUUCCAAUGCAGAGCAGGAAGAAGAGACACUAGCUGUGUGUAAGCCCCUUUAUCUGUUGGUUUUUUCUGAAGUUUGUUGGCAGGCAAAGUGUAUGUUGAAAGUGAUAACUGCUGACAAGGAAGUGGAAAAAAAAACCUUUGGUAGCUAAAUGGUAGAUUGUGUCUUCGAUAUAAUCCAGUUUGUUUAUGUCGAAAAUGUAAGUAUUUGUCUUCCCUAGAAAUCUCCCAGAAUGAUUUCUAUAAUAAAGUUAAUUUCAUUUAUA